CUCCUAGCAGGGAGGGGCGCGCCGCCCUGGACUCGCAAGGCCUCGGCUCGGGAGCGCGCACGCCGUGCGUCCCAGGCUCGCUCGGGAUUCUCGCCUGGUGCCGCAGGGAAAGGCCAACUGUUUGGUCCGCCAUGUUCUUCUCCGCGGCGCUCCGGGCCAAGGCGGCAGGCCUCAUCGCCCAGUGGGGAAGACAUAUAAGGAAUUUACAUAAGACAGCUGUGCAAAAUGGAGCUGGAGGAGCCUUAUUUGUUCACAGAGAUACUCCUGAGAAUAACCCGGAUACUCCAUUUGAUUUCACACCAGAAAACUAUAAGAGGAUAGAGGCAAUUGUAGGAAACUAUCCAGAAGGACAUAAAGCAGCAGCUGUGCUUCCAGUCCUGGAUUUAGCCCAAAGACAGAAUGGAUGGCUGCCCAUCUCUGCCAUGAACAAGGUUGCAGAAGUUUUACAAGUACCUCCAAUGAGAGUAUAUGAAGUAGCAACUUUUUAUACGAUGUAUAAUCGAAAGCCAGUUGGAAAGUAUCACAUUCAGGUCUGCACUACUACACCUUGCAUGCUUCGAAACUCUGACAGCAUACUGGAGGCCAUUCAGAAAAAGCUUGGAAUAAAGGUUGGGGAGACGACACCUGAUAAACUUUUCACUCUUAUAGAGGUGGAAUGUUUAGGGGCCUGUGUAAAUGCACCAAUGGUUCAAAUAAAUGACAACUACUAUGAGGAUCUGACACCUAAGGAUAUUGAAGAAAUUAUUGAUGAGCUCAAAGCUGGCAAAAUUCCAAAACCUGGGCCAAGGAGUGGACGCUUCUCUUGUGAGCCAGCUGGAGGUCUUACCUCUUUGACUGAACCACCCAAAGGACCUGGCUUUGGUGUGCAAGCAGGACUUUAAUUUAUAUUCAACUGUAAAUAUGUUCCAGGAGGAAUAAAACAUGAAUCUUCUAUCUACAUAAA